UAGACACACAGUGACAGGAACCAGCAGCUUACAUUUACUGCAACUCAGAAUUUGAUGAUCGAUCUUACCCCAGCUGUUUACUCGCAAAGAUAGUUCAAUGGAUAUAUUACAUGUGCUGUGUGUCGUCUCUGUGGCUAUUACAGGUGUAACUGAAGGAGCUGGUGUGUUGCCAGGUGGUCCUCUUAAUGCAGCUGUGGGAGGGAAAGUGACUUUCACCACAAUACUGACUCCACCAGAAAAACCUUUUAUAUCUGUCAGUUGGAACUUUGGUGACAGAAAUAUAAUCACUUCAUCAUCAGGAAACUUUACUUCAGCAGAGUAUGAAGACAGGAUCACCUACUUCCCAUCUACUGGGUCUCUGGAGCUCAGGGAUCUGACUCUUAAUGACAGUGGAGUAUACAGAGUUAGCAUUAUACCAUAUGGAGGACCAGAACAACCAGGAACCAUCAGACUGGAUGUAUAUGAGCCAGUCUCCAGUGUAACAGUAACUCCUAUGAGUUCAGACUUGGUGGAGUUCAACAGCUCUGUCCGUCUGUCCUGCUCCUCCUCUGGAUCCUCCCUCUCUUUCCUCUGGAUGAACGGCAGCUCUCAGGUUACACAAAGUGACAGAGUUGAUCUCACUGAUGGAAACUCCACUUUGACUAUAGUCAGUGUGACUCGCUAUGACCAGGGACCAUUCAGGUGUCAUGUGUUCAAUCCUGUCAGUAAUGACACCAGUGGUCCAGUAAACCUCUCCAUCAGCUAUGGUCCAGAAAACAUUAAAGUCACAUUAACCUCAUCAGAAGAAUACUAUGAAGAAGGAUCAGACAUCACCAUGAUCUGCUCAUCUGAAUCUAGACCUUCUGCUCAGUUUAUGUGGUUUGUGAAUGGAGUCAAGCUGUCAGAUACUGGACCAGAGCUCAGACUGAUGAACAUUCAGAUGAAUCAGAGUGGAAACUACAGCUGUCAGGCGUUUAACCACAAAACUCUGAGAUAUCAGACAUCUAGAUUGUCAGUCGUCACAGUUCUUGAGCCAGUCUCCAAUGUAACAGUAACUCCUAUGAGUUCAGACUUGGUGGAGUUCAACAGCUCUGUCCGUCUAUCCUGCUCCUCCUCUGGAUCCUCCCUCUCUUUCCUCUGGAUGAACGGCAGCUCUCAGGUUACACAAAGUGACAGAGUUGAUCUCACUGAUGGAAACUCCACUUUGACUAUAGUCAGUGUGACUCGCUAUGACCAGGGACCAUUCAGGUGUCAUGUGUUCAAUCCUGUCAGUAAUGACACCAGUGGUCCAGUAAACCUCUCCAUCAGCUAUGGUCCAGAAAAUAUUAACAUGACAUUACUGUCAUCACAAGAAUACUAUGAAGAAGGAUCAGACAUCAGUCUGAUCUGCUCAGCUGAAUCUAGACCUUCUGCUCAGUUUAUGUGGUUUGUGAAUGGAGUCAAGCUGUCAGAUACUGGACUAGAGCUCAGACUGAUGAACAUUCAGAUGAGUCAGAGUGGAAACUACAGCUGUCAGGCCUUUAACCACAAAACUCUGAGAUAUCAAACAUCUCAGCCUUCAGCUAUUUCUGUACUGGAGAAAAUAUCAGGAGCUUCUCUCCAUCCAUCAACAAAUGAUCCACUUAUUGAAGGAACCUCCUUCAACUUAACCUGUGAGGCUUCUGGCUCUAUCGUCACCAGGAACUGGAGGAAGGAUGGUUCAGCUCUGUUCCAUACUGACAACAUGACUCUUCAUGACAACAACAGAGUGUUGAUGUUUAACACUGUGACUAGAAAAGACAGUGGAGAAUAUUUCUGUAACAUCAGCAACCCCAUCAGCAGUGAUGGAGCUAAAUACAACAUGAUGGUUAACUAUGGACCAGAGAAGGUUCAAAUCACAGGUCCAAGUCAGAUACAUUUGAAAGAGACGUUUAAACUGACCUGCUUUGCUGAGUCCACACCAGCUGCCACUUACACCUGGAUGUUCAAUGGAAGUGAGAUACUCAAGGAUUCUGCUGAGUUCAUUAAAGAGGCUGAACUCUCUGACAGUGGCAGCUACACCUGUCAAGCAAAAAAUGAUGUAACUGGAAGAACAUCAUCAGUGGAGCAUGGAUUGAGUGUAACAGAGAGUUCAGGAUGUUCUGUCGGUUGCAUCGUUGGAAUAGUGGUCGGAGUCUGUGCCUUCAUUGUCGUUGUUGUUGUUAUAAGCUACUGUAUUUGCAAAAAAAAAAAAUGUGUGAAAAUCCGCUCUAAUAGAAGCACUUCCACCACAGCAGGAGGUGGUGGUCUGAGCAAUGCUGCAUUCUCAAGUCAGGAGCUGCAAUACGCAGACAUAACUUUUGUCCAGAACAAAAGUGGUGGCAAGGUCCAGGUGGGGUCCCAGAAUACCUCAGAAUCAGAAUACACUCAGGUGAAAGUACCGUCCUUCCCUCCUACUUAUGAUGCCCACAUGCAGCAAUCGAAGUCAUCAGCUUCUCAGUCUGAUGGUUAUGAUGAGGGACCUUAUGCUCAGAUAAAUAUAAAAUGAUUGCUUUGGAUGCGUUGAGUACAGCUGAACUGUUUGGAGAAACCUGCACUUCCCUCUCAGUCCCUUUAUAGUUGACUAAUUGUGACCUGAGCUUGUGUAGUCAAGGCACUUUAACACUGGUUAAUAAUCAACCAGGUCAAACAGUUUCCAUGGCUGAAAGUCAGACAAGAGCACAAUGUUGUCCCUAUUACUCUUCACAAGCUACUGUGCAUAUAAAAUCUUUUCUGCCCUUUUCUUUUACUUGUAUUGUCGAUGUAAAGUGAAUUAAUGUAUCAGAGACGUGAUAUUCUCUUCAUGAUUUGCCUCUUUGUCUGCAGCAUAAUAUCUAUCACUGCUCUGAUGCAAUAUAUGAAUCCGCAGGCAUACUGUGUGAUUUCAGUUGAGAUUCCAAUUUGUUGUUUGUGAAAGAUUCAUUUUUAUAGUUUUUUAUCAUUUAUUGUGAAUGUUAAUAUCACAUAUUUUAUACAGUACAUAAUUAUAUACAUUUAAUUUAAGUUGUCAAGACAUGGACAGUCCUGGGAAUUACUUGACAUUUAUUCUGCAUUUCUCAUAACAAUAGCAGUUAUGUAGUAGUUAACCAUAAUACUGCAACGCUCGAUCACUUAGUGUUAAGUUAAAGGGGAAAAAAGAAAGGCCCGCAAUCAAAGCUAAAAAUAAAUAAAUAAUUAAUUAAAAGUACUCAGCAGUUUAUUUAUUAUUAUUUAUUAUUCCUUGAAGUAUCUAUUAAAGCUAGUUUACAGUCUGUAUGAAGCAUAUUUAAUAAUGCAAGUACAUAAUGGAUGCUUAUUUGAAACACCUACAUGUACUGUAAACUUUUCGUAAUUUGUUCAAAAAGUACUUUUAUACUCCAUGUGUCUAGUCCAUCUAUUGACACUUUCUGUAGAGUGGUGGAACAAGAACUCCUUGAGACAUCUAAGUCCAUGUUGUACUAACGUCAAAGCGAAACAAAGCACCAGGAGGAAAGAAAUGCUAUUAAAGAGCUUGCAUGUGAUACUGAUAUCGUUAUAAAACCUGAGGAUAAGGGUGGAACCAUAGUCCUCAAGAGGCAUAUCUCUAGUUGAACGAUGAAGAAUAAUCCCACUGCUGCCUUCCAGAAGAUUAUUAGUGAUCUCACUACUCAAGACUUUGAACAAAACUGCAUAACUAAACAUGAAUUUGAAUAUUUGAACUGAGAACACCCCUUGACCUCUGUCUUUUACAUUCUCACAAAAAUCCAUAAAGUCUGACCAGCCCCAAGGGUAGACCUAUAGUGGCUGGAAACGAGUCAUUAUUUGACCCUGCCCUCCAUAAUAAGGUGGCCAGGGCUAGUAUACAAACUGCUCCAAGUCAGACCCUCUGGGCACCUCUGACAAAUGGCAACUAUCCAUGUGGCAAUUGUUCCCAUUGUAAUAAUACUCAUACUUUUUUUGACUUUAAACAUCCCAGAUCUGGAAAAAGUUCCCCAGCGAGAAGUUUCAUUACAUGUAGCACUAAAGAUGUGAUCUACAUACUCGAAUACCCCUGUGACACGGUAUAUGUAGGCAAAACUAUACCUAGUCUGAAGCAGAGAAUCAGUGAACUUAAAAGUUCCAUCAGAUGUGCCAAUCCUAACUAUCCAGCUGCCAGUCACAAACAAGUUUUCAGGAAAUCAAGCGUGUACAGUUGCCAAGGGUUAGAGACACUGAAAAAAUAUUAUGUUAUGUUAUAUACACAUUAGACUCUUUGCAUUCAAAAGGCUUAAAUGUUGAUUUUGAUAUGAGGGCUAAGCUCUGAAAAUCUAAUAAUUGUUGUACAGUUUUCUUUUUUUUCUUCUUAUUUUAAGUGCUUUGUUUUGUGCCAAUGAGCAAAUAGACCGGAGUCAAAUUCCUUGUUAUGUGCCCACAUACUUGGCCCUAAACCUGAUUAUGACUCUGAUGUCAGAGUUGUCUAGUUGUUUUUUUCUCUGCAUGGUUCUUGUGGAGUGCCUCUAUAAUGUUUCCUUUACUUGAAAUCUACUGCUGUGCAGAAAGGACUACACACUCUACUUGUGAACUACAUCUCCCAUCUUAUGCAGCAUGGGUGUUACUGACUGCUCUGAUGAAUCACAUCAGAUUGUGAGUGUGAUGAUUUGCUCUUGGUUUAUACAUGUUUGCAGUGAAAAUUUAUAAUAAAGGAGCUUAGUCUGUGAAUCAAGGAGAAAUGGGGAAGAAGAUAAAAUGGGGAGUUCAGGGCGGUUAAAGGAAGUCACUGAAAACUGUCGACAUCCCACAGCCCUGUGAAACUGUGUAUUGCUGUAAUACAUGAUAUGAACAUGUUGUGACAUCUUUUGCACUAAGCACCUUAUGUUACACACAAGGAAUUAUAUAUUUAGAUCAAGUGUCCUUCUCCUAUGUUGGACUGUUGACCAGUAAUAAUCUAUUGUUAAUUAACUUCUUCUGGAAGUGGUUCAGAUGCCACGCCUGGCCUUGCAUUUUACCAUUACAUGUUUGCCAGUAGCUUCUGUCAUGUCUAGUUGUUUGUUUCAUCAUUAAACCACUGGACACGAUGUUGUCUUUUACGUGCCAUGUGCCAAAGUGAAUGUGGGAACAAUGUUUGGCCAUAUUUGACAUGAUGUAAUUCAGUGAACUCUCAGGGUACAUAUAUUGUGAGUGGGAUGAUCCGACUGCUCAAACUGAAUCAAUAAACUGUUUUAAGUUA